AGCUCCUGACCCCUCUUUCCCGCCUCCUUUCCCAGCCGCGCCAAAGGUGCCGAGUCCUUCAGCGGAAGCUAAGGCCGAGUCCCAACCGGCGACCAGCACCGCGCGCCACCUCCUCCUCCUCGCCAUGGCCUCCGUCUCCGAGCUCGCCUGCAUUUACUCCGCGCUCAUCCUGCACGAUGACGAAGUCACCGUCACGGAGGAUAAAAUCAAUGCACUUAUCAAAGCAGCCGGAGUGAACGUUGAACCUUUCUGGCCUGGCCUGUUUGCCAAGGCUUUGUCCAACAUUGACAUCGGAAGUCUGAUCUGCAACGUCGGAGUGGGGGGGGGUGCUCCAGCUGCUGCGGCGCCGGCAGGAGGAGGGGCCCCUGCAGGCAGUGCAGCUCCUGCUGAAGAGAAGAAAGAGGAAGAGAAGAAAGAAGAGUCUGAGGAAUCUGAUGACGACAUGGGCUUUGGUCUCUUUGACUAAGCUGACUUUUUGUACUCUUUUGCAAUAAAGAUACAAACAUGAUAAA